AUGAAGCAGGUGUCGCUGCGCCGCCUCGAGCCCGAGUCGCGCGACGAGGUCGUGCAGGAGGCGCAGCUGCUUGAGCAGCUCGCGCAAAAGCCGGGGCACGAGGCGUAUAUCCUGCGGUACUUUGGGCACCGCCUGAACCGCGACACGCUCAAGAUUCUGCUCGAGCUGGGCGACAUGGACUUUGGGCACCUGCUCAAGGCGCAUGCGCCGCUGCCGCGCGCGCAGAUCGACGCAUACUGGGAGCAGAUGCUCGAGGCCGUGCAGUUUAUCCACGAGAAGGCGAACCUUGUGCACACGGACUUGAAGCCGGCCAACUUUCUCAUGGCCAAGGGGCGCCUGAAACUGAUCGACUUUGGCAUCGCGCAAAAGAUUCCCAUCGGCACGAUCCACAUCUCGCGCGACGCCAUUGUGGGGACGCCGAACUACAUGGCGCCCGAGGCGAUCCAGAUCGCCAAGAAGCAGGGGCGCCGCGUCUACAAGGCAGGCAAGGCGAGUGACGUGUGGUCGAUGGGCUGCAUUCUGUACCAGAUGGUCUAUGGGCGCCCGCCGUUCGACCGGCUCAGCGGCGAGAAGAAGCUCGAGGCGAUCAUGGACCCGCAGCACGUGGUGCCGUUCCCACCUCACCGCGUGCUCGACGACCCAGCCUCGGAGCCGGUGGGUGCAGACCUCCUGGACGCGAUGAAAGGCGCGCUCACCUACGAGGCGGCCGCGCGCGCCACGGUCCCAGACCUGCUCCGCCGGCUGCGCGCCCCCCCCGCGGAGAAGAGCGAGCGCCUGAGCGAGACGGUCACCAUUUCGCGCAAGACCUUGCGCACCCUCGUCGCGCGCCUCCAGCAGCUCGCCGUGCAAGGCGAGCUCACCGAAAGCAACGCGGUCCUCCGCGCCGACGUCCUCUUCGACAACCUGCAGCAAGGGAGCCGGUCGUAG